UUAGGGUUUGAUGCUUACUUCACAUCCCGAACACUUGAAAACAACAGGAGAAAUGUAUGGUUUGCUGAAUACUGGGAAGAAAACUUCAACUGCAAGUUGACAAUUAGUGGGUCCAAAAAAGAAGACACAGAUCGCAAAUGCACAGGACAGGAGCGAAUUGGAAAAGACUCCAAUUAUGAGCAGGAGGGUAAAGUUCAGUUUGUGAUUGAUGCUGUCUAUGCCAUGGCACAUGCCCUUCAUCACAUGAAUAAGGAUCUGUGUGCUGAUUACCGGGGAGUAUGCCCAGAGAUGGAGCAAGCAGGGGGAAAGAAGUUGCUGAAGUAUAUCCGCAAUGUUAACUUCAACGGUAGUGCUGGCACCCCAGUGAUGUUUAACAAAAAUGGGGAUGCUCCUGGGCGGUAUGAUAUCUUCCAGUACCAGACAACAAACACCACCAACCCUGGUUAUCGUCUUAUUGGUCAGUGGACAGAUGAACUUCAGCUCAACAUAGAGGACAUGCAAUGGGGCAAAGGAGUCCGGGAGAUCCCACCCUCUGUGUGCACAUUGCCCUGCAAGCCUGGGCAGAGGAAGAAGACACAGAAGGGAACCCCUUGCUGCUGGACCUGUGAGCCCUGUGAUGGAUACCAGUAUCAGUUUGACGAGAUGACAUGUCAACAUUGUCCCUAUGACCAGAGGCCCAAUGAAAAUAGAACUGGCUGUCAGAACAUCCCCAUCAUCAAACUGGAGUGGCAUUCUCCCUGGGCUGUCAUUCCUGUCUUCCUGGCAAUGUUGGGGAUCAUUGCCACCAUCUUUGUCAUGGCCACUUUCAUCCGAUACAAUGACACACCCAUUGUCAGGGCUUCUGGACGGGAACUCAGCUACGUUUUAUUGACUGGCAUCUUUCUCUGCUACAUCAUCACCUUCCUAAUGAUUGCCAAGCCAGAUGUAGCAGUGUGUUCUUUCCGGCGUGUCUUCUUGGGCUUGGGCAUGUGCAUUAGUUAUGCAGCCCUUUUAACAAAAACCAACCGGAUUUAUCGCAUAUUUGAGCAGGGCAAGAAAUCAGUGACAGCUCCCAGACUCAUAAGCCCGACAUCACAACUGGCAAUCACUUCCAGUUUAAUAUCAGUGCAGCUUCUAGGUGUCUUCAUUUGGUUUGGGGUUGACCCACCCAACAUCAUCAUAGACUACGAUGAGCAUAAGACAAUGAACCCGGAGCAAGCCAGGGGAGUGCUCAAAUGUGACAUCACAGACCUUCAAAUCAUUUGCUCUUUGGGAUAUAGCAUCCUUCUCAUGGUCACAUGUACUGUGUAUGCCAUCAAGACUCGGGGUGUACCAGAGAAUUUUAAUGAAGCCAAGCCCAUUGGAUUCACUAUGUACACGACAUGUAUCGUAUGGCUUGCCUUCAUCCCGAUAUUUUUUGGCACUGCACAGUCAGCAGAAAAGCUCUACAUUCAAACUACCACACUUACAAUCUCCAUGAACCUAAGUGCAUCAGUGGCGCUGGGAAUGCUAUACAUGCCGAAAGUGUACAUCAUCAUUUUCCAUCCUGAACUCAAUGUCCAGAAACGGAAGCGAAGCUUCAAGGCCGUAGUCACAGCAGCCACCAUGUCAUCAAGGCUGUCACACAAACCCAGUGACAGGCCCAACGGUGAGGCAAAGACAGAACUCUGUGAAAACGUAGACCCAAACAACUGUAUACCACCAGUAAGAAAGAGUGUACAAAAGUCCGUAACUUGGUACACUAUCCCACCAACAGUAUAGCUUUUGACUGCUUCCCAAAAGGCCCCGCUGCAAAAAAGAAGUAUGUCAGUUAUAAUAACCUGGUUAUCUAACCUGUUCCAUCCAAUGGAACCACGGAGGAGGAAGACCCUCAGUUAUUCCGUCACCUAAUCUGGCAUAGGACUCUUUUGGUCCUGCCUGCUUCCCAUCUCUGGAGGAGCUUCCCCAGCUGGGAGACCAGUGUUAGAGGAUCCACACAUCCUAAACAGCUGCUUUAUGAGACACCUUUACUUUAUCUUGGCUUAAGAAGUCAUUGGCAUCAGCACUGCCAUCUUGGCUGCAAUUUUGGACUCCCUACACAAAGGGAGACUUGAGACUCAAGUCCCACCCGGCUCUUUUGGAUGAACUGUUGAGAGCCUCAGGACUGUUUUUUGGGGCUGAAUUGUCUUUCUACGUAUGUACUUCCAGGCUGCAAGGUUUUGAAAUUUUCUGUACAGUUUGUGAGGACAUUUGCACUUUGCCACCCAAUGUUGUACCUUAGUUCACUGUUUGUUUUUGAAUGCCCUGUUUUCAUAGAACCCUAUCCUCUCAGAUGGUGGAAUCUUUGGGAAAAAUUUAAAACAACUAAAUUUAAAGAAAAAUAAAUCUCGGCAGACAUAAGAGAACACAACCCCCCCACGCACAUCUGUAAAUGACUGUGUGGUUAUGAUUAUAGUAUCAUGGAAAGUCACAUUAUUUUUUUUAAAGACACACACAAAAAGAUAUUUAAAGACCAAAAACUGUGCUGAGAAGAUAUGCCCCACCUAUCUUUGGUACACGAGAGGUGAUGUGAUGUGAAAGAAAAGCAUUGGCUAAAUGGAAUAGAGGUCUUGAUCUUUGGUAUGCAUGCCAGUAAUGUAUUUUACAGUACAUGUUUAUAUUUAUGUUUAAUAUUUGUAUUUGUGUUCUCUUUUGUUAUUUUACUUAGGGUAUAUGGAUAUUUUGCAAUAAUUUUAAAGAUUAUUAAGCUAUCUGAAGGAAAGAAUAUGGAUUUUUCAUGUCUUGAGGUUUUGUUCAUGCCCCCUAUGACUGACCAAUGUGAUAAGGACUUUAAAAAAGAAGCAUGUAUGUUUUUUACUGUUUGUAAUAAGUACUUUCGUUAAUCUUGCUGCUUAUGUGUCAAUUUAGUGGAAAAAAAACCCUUGCUGAAAAAAAAUUUCCUUUCCAUUCUCUUCCAGUUCUGUGGUAUUGUCUAAGAAUGUAUCAAUAAAAUACUUUGGUUAACUUUU